UCGCGCUUUAAGGCCUUUAAUUGACACGUAAUAACCUGAUCUGUCCGACUGAGACAUCUGGUGAAGGGGUAACAUGAUUGUGCCUUUUAUUGGACGUCGGAUGCUAUUUGCUCCUUUGACUUAAUUAUGAGGAUUUUUCAGCUUUCAUAACUCGGUCUUUCAUUUUUAAGCAUUUUAAAACAGAUGCACGACGUUAAAACUUUUGCUCAUUCGAAGUGAUAUCGCGAUACGUUAUAUAAGCCCAUCACAGCGUUGCUCCUUUAACUUUGUUAAUAUGCUGCUGGCUGGCGAUAAAAGCUUCACACAAGUCAACAGAUCACAGUUGUUUAUCCUCUCCGUCUUUGUGUCUCUGUCUCAGAUGGGGGCGAGUUGUGGAGAGGUGGAUGUAGUGUGUCUGUGCGAGGCUGGUCCCUGUACACUUUAUUCAGAAGCACACACGCCUACGCCGGACACGCUGCUGUGUGAACACUGUGGAAAAAACAGAGUGAUGGUAACCAGGUACUCGGAGGGAUAUGGCACAGAGGAGGAGUGUGUGCUAUCUGACCCUCAGGGGGAGAGUGAUGCAGAUGCUGACAUAGAAGACACAGAUUGCAGACUCCAGGACCCCGGUUCGCUCCAGCGAAUCAGCUCGCGGAGACGAAAGCGUCCUCGGGUAGCGCGGCAGGACACCACGGAGAGCGAAGACGACGGCGGGCGGAGUCACAGAUCCCACCGCUGGAACCUCAGGCUCAGUCCUGACAGAGCACACAGCAGGACCAUACUGGAGGAGAGCAUAUCACAGGUCAGGCCGCUGGUCAUCUGCCAGCCCAACGCCGAGAGGCAGAAGAGUCCAGCCGAGCUCCGCCGAGGCUCCAAACUGAUGUCUCUGUGGCCGACGUCCCUCUCGCUCCCUCUCCUCCUCCUCCUCUCGCUGCCUCUCUCCCUCUCCCUCGUCAUCGUCAUCGUGUCUUUCCUGCUGCCGUGGGCCAGCGCUUGACCCAACGUUUCAGGAGUUUCAUUCCAAAACUUAUAAAUGAAAAGUUCCGCCAACUCAUACAGUGUAGUGGGUAGCACAAAGAGAAAUUCUUUAUAACUAAUAGUACACUAACCAAUUAUUGAAUUUGAAUGAAAUGCUAUUUUCUCCCUUCUAGAAUCGAAAAACUUACAAUCAGGGUUAGAUUUAUAGUGACAGCUCUCCUCAAGGCUCCAGCAAAACCAAAAAGGCACAGGUUCAGAUAUUUAACUCCUUCAUGCUACGUCUAGAAUCUCCCCACAACAUAAAGUCAGUGCUUGCUUCUGUGUCAUAAAAAACCUCACCUUCCGUCUCACUUUCUCACCCCCUCGUUUGUAAAAAUAGACCUCUCAUCUCGCUCCUUAUUCUAACGAGCCAUGGGAGCGAUACGUGGGGGGAAAGGUUUCAGGGUUGCGCAGGUAACAUUUUAAAUAAAAAAAGGGAAAAAUAACAAGCUCAAUAGGAAAACAUGUAAAAGCCAAUGCUGCUGAACUAUGCAAUUCCUCUGUUCCUACUGCGGCAUCUUAACUUCUGGUAUAAAAAAAAGACAAAACCCAAAAACAACACACACAAAAAAACAAAACACAUCUCUUGUCACCUUCUUGGCCAUUUCCCUCUUUUCUCUGUGGAAUAUACUUUGUGAAUGCAGGGACGUACGGUUCUAAAAUAGAGCAUGACCUAAUUUUAAAAAGCAAUAGCAGGAGAGAUCUGAUAUAGCUCCCAUCGUGUGUGAUCUACAGUACAUCUGUUGGUUUAAUGACUGGAUUACAUGUAUUAUUUUACUUGUUGGUUUAAAAACAGGUUCUCCUUCUUCCUGACUGCACUUGUGUAUGUUUUUAGUAAAAAAAAUAAAUAAUAAUAAUAAGCUGACCUCAAAAUAGAAAUGAGCUUUAGUGGAACUUACUGUAAAUACGUUCAAGCAAUUUAAACCACAUUUCACAUUCUUACAGUUGAAACUAUCAGGCUUAAGAAUGUUGACCUUAUUUAUGUCUGUGUUGAUUAACUGUUAUUAUUUUAAAAAACUAAGCUUGACAAUCAGUCAUGCUGCUUAUUUCAAGCUGGGGGGAAAAACAGCCAUUUUGGCUUCUCUGUACUGUAUGUUUCAUGUUGUUUUUUUUGUAUGUUCUUAAAGUUUUUUUUUUUUUCACACCACACUGAAGAUGCUUGCAUCCCUGUAGAGAAAUGUUCAGUUUAAAUUAAGAUCAGUUGUAUUAGUGGAUUUGAGUCAUUUUUAGGACCCUUUUCUCUUUCGUUCUGCUGUAUUGCUCGUCUUGAAUGUUAGUUUUAUUUCAACACUUAAGUUCACUGUUGUGUUCCAUGGGGCCGUAGAAGUUCAAUAAAACUAGAUUGUAUUUUGACAAAAA